GUUUCUGCACUGCCAUCGGGCACCUCCCGAGGCCGCUUCACUCCCUCACCAUGUUCCAGCGCUUUACCAGUUUCUUCUUCAGCGCCCCUCCGCCCCCGGAGGACGCAGAGUGCCCACGCGCCUUCGUGUCCCAGGAGGAUGAAGUGGACGGCUGGCUCAUCAUUGACCUGCCGGACAGCUACGCGGCCCCACCCAGCCCCGGGGCCUCCCCUGCCCCCGCAGGCCGCCCUCCUCCCGCGCCCUCCCUGAUGGACGAGAGCUGGUUUGUCACCCCGCCCGCCUGUUUCACUGCAGAGGGGCCUGGCCUCGGGCCCGCCCGCCUCCAGAGCAGCCCCCUGGAGGACCUCCUCAUCGAGCACCCCAGCAUGUCCGUUUACGUCACCGGCAGCACCAUCGUGCUGGAGCCUGGGCCCCCCGCCCCGCACCCCGACGCCGCCCUGCCGGAAGGCGACCCGAGCGAAAGGGAGUUGGUGCCUGCUCGCCGUGAACCCCGGGCUCUGCACCACGCUGCCGCCGCCGCCCCACUGCCGGCACGGGCUGCGCUGCUGGAGAAGGCCGGCCAGGCACGGCGGCUGCAGCGCGCCAAGCAGCGGGCCGAGCGCCACGCGUUGAGCGCCAAGGUGCUACAGCGGCAGAACCGCGCCCGCGAGAGCCGUCCACGCCGGCCCAAGCACCAGGGCAGCUUCGUCUACCAGCCGUGCCAGCGCCAGUUUAACUACUGAGGUCCGCUGGCUGCAACACAAGCCCCUUGCCCACAGGCGAUCCCCCAGCCCCUCUGCCGCAGCUAGUGCGCUGCUCGAGGGGGUGCCUGAGGCCUGCCACAGGCUGGUCUCGGAUCCCUCAGCUGUGUGAGGUGGGGUGCUAGCUCUCCUACCCACAGCCCCAUCUCUUCAAUACCUUCAGCCAUCACCCUCCU